AGCCGACAAGGACCAGAACGCUCCUUGUUCUCAUCUGUGUCUCCAUCCUCCAGCUCUGGAAGAGUGUCUCAGGGGAUCCAAAAAUCCCGCAGCACCAAGGCGCCGACACACUCCAGACCCACCGCGCCCAUUGCAACGAUAAUGAUGACGAUCCCCGGCGUGGUGGCUCUCGCGCUCGGCACCCUCUACGGGCUAGGCCUCACAGCGGGCCCCGGCCUGUCCAAGCUGCUUCCCGCCCACCCGCUACACAAGCUGAUGAAGGACGGCUUCCACCUGUUAAUUGGCCCCUUCUACGGCGUGCCCGGAGAUCUGUUCCGGAUCGUGCUCGGGAUUGCGGACUCGUGCGCGGGCGUGGGGUUGUUGGUGGCGCUCUGGGGCGAGUUCUUGGGGCUCUUGGGUCCAGGGGGGCCCGGCACACUGCUUGAACUGGCACAGUCGCUCAUCAUCUGCGCGUGCAUCGGCUCGGGCUGGAUCAAUGCCAACGCCGUUGCCUUCGACGCCGCGGUCGGCGGGGACUGGAAGCCCUCCCUCGUCCUGGCCCUCGUGGCCGCCGUGCUGCUCGCCUGCCGCCUGAUGGUGACCGACAGGGUGCUGCCCCUCCUGGUCGGGGGCUUCGUGGGGGCGUGCCUCCUGAUGCUGGCCGUGAGUCUCACCUGCCGCGGCCUGUACGGCACGCCCCUGAAGGAGGCCAGGGAGAAGCACGCCGAGUUCCAGAAGAUCAUGGAGGCGGAGAUGGCCGGGCCGGGGGCCUCCACGGAGCCGCUCGCCAAGCCGGAGGCGUGAGCGGCGCCCACCGGCGGGGCCCGCAUUUUGGCCGUCCGGUGGGGGCCGCCAUCCUGACCCCCUCUUCGUUCCCCUUGAGUCCUCCUCUUUGCAAGCAGCAAGCAGACUUCGCUUCAUCCAAGGCUGGAUCCCGAACUCGCUCUGGUUCUGCCCGUCACGCACGGCGAAGCCCGCUGCGGGGCACAGAAUCGUCUCACAACCCAUCACGCCGUGAUGCUGUCGCAGAGCGCUAUGUCGGGGCCCCAGGGGUUGGCGGUGAAAGGAGAGGGGAAAGGAGGGGUUAUGCUGGGGAUGCCUACGUAAUUGGUAUGAAUUUGUACAAUUGCACUUCCUCCGUGAGUCCAUCUGCGACAUUUAUUAAGAGAGGAAGCAGUGUGCUGCAAGGUCGGCGCUGCAUCCACCAGCCUCCGCAUCCUUCUACUGUUCACCUAUUCGCGUCUUCCUCCUCUCGCCCCAGCCUUCUGCAAAGCGUGUUUCUUUAUUGCUUGGGCCAUAACGCGCGUCAUGCGCCCGUUGUCGCCGAAGAUAAAGAAAAACGCGCCAUCCCCGACCUGACUCCGCCAUAUCCGAUAUAUGGGCACACGCAGCCGCCAGGUGCUGGCGGCGUCCCUCUCUGCGCCAGGCCACGCAUUGAAUCAAUCAUGACAUGGGAUGGGUUUCCUUUUCCCUCCCUUCUCGCUGGCGUCUGGUGGUGGAGCCAGGGCGCGCGGUCACUGCACCAGCAAGGUGCUCUGAGCAUCCCUAUACGGUAGGGGCGUAGUGUCGGAAUGGGCCUAGGAGGCGUCGGACCCUGGAGGACUCCUGAUCUGAUGAGAGCGGCGGUGAUAUUCAUUGUCAAACCUCAGUUGGGGUUCCAUCAGCUGUCAGCCCCUAGAUUCCUUGCCCAAGGGUUUCUUGUUCAAAUUCCUCAUUGUAUUCAGAGGUGAUACGUCUUGCCCUUCUUGGCGCCCCUGGGGGCCAGGCUCAUUCUGCGCCUACCAGCUGCAACGUGUUCCCUUUUAUCCUCGCUUCCAUCCUCGUCCCAUCCCGAUCCUCCCAGCCGUUCUCUACGUCAUCGUCGCUCCUCCGUUAGCAGCUGCCACUGCAGCGGGCAUUUGGAACUUCGAGCUGGCGGUGAAAGCGGUGGUCCAUGGCCCGUGGCUGGCGGUCCAUGGCUC